GACGCUAACCGCUUUCGGUCGUCCAGAGUAUAUCCAGUGGUCGUGAGUUGUUGUUUGAAAUGUGUUCGAGAUUAUCCAAAACUAGUCUUUGUUUAGCAUUCUUUAGAUACAUUGAUCGUCAAGAAAUUAUCAAAAUGGUAAAAUGGGUGGCUCUGCAUAUAGCAAUAUUUAUGCUUCAGUUUGGUUAUUAUUUCGCAUACGAACGAAAUAAUGAAAGUAAUGGUGGUGAAAACCAGUCAGCUGCUGCAAUAACAAAAAACAAGUACCAGUUGUUUGCAAGGUAUAACGUAAGCAACAUCAUAGCAAUAAAUGCAUCGGGUGUUACAUCAGAUCUAAAAGAUGCAAACCUUCAUACCAAUAUCAGCAACGGACCUUCUGCGGCGCUUAACAAAAUAAGUGAGACAAAUUCUUACUAUAAAAAUGGCCUCAACGAUAACGAAACCAUAACUAACAAUUCUUCGCCAGAAUAUUUGAAGACUACACAGCGCUCCGUUUUAAUGGAAUCAGAAGUAUUUAAUGUUCCCUAUGUCGGUAAAAUGACAGCUGCUAACACAAAAUCUUAUGAUAAAAGGGAUACGUUUGGCGCAAAUAGAACGAUUAUUGAAUUAAAUGAAAAAUAUGUUGACCAGUUUCACAAUAUGCACGUAAAUGAAACUGAGAAUUUAGCAAGUGUAAGAAAUGCAUCAUCUAUGGAUGAUAACAUUUUGAAAAUACCGGAAAGUAUGUUUCAUUUAUUUACGGAGCUUUAUGAUCAUCAUCUUUGGAACACAACGACAUAUCGACACAAACUUAGUUAUGAUUGCGCUGUUGACAUGGAUAUAUACCUAGAGCAAUUACGACAACAGAGAAAUUGGGCUUUACAAGUUAGCGACUCCUCCGGACGGUAUGCUGGUUUAUCCUUUUUCGGAAACGAUUUCUGGCUUGGAUCAAAAUCUUUCUGCGAAGAAAUAAACCAAGUAAACAGCAUAGAUCAUCGCCUGGAAAAUGGACAAGCUGUUGAGAUGAUUUUUUUCGUGGCGUCAAUAAAAAUGAAAAUUCAUCAAAUAGCGACCGAGCCAAAGAUUUUACAACUAGGACAGUGCUUGCCAAAAAAUUGUACGAAAAGGGAUGUUUAUAAUAUUUUAACCCAAGACCCGAUCGCUAAAAUAAUACUGAAUGAUAACGCAUGCAAAACCACUAAUUCAACUUAUAUUCAAGACAACUGUAAUAAAAUAAACAUAUUUGAACUUCGUACGGUACCAGGAGAGUACAGUCUUUUGAAUGAUAGAAGAUUCUUUUUACUCAGUUUAGUUGGAAUCAUAUUAACCACCACGACAGUCUUCGCAUCAUAUUAUAAAUAUACAAUCGAGAAUCAUGAAAGUGUACCUGUGGGUUUGGACAGUACGUUAUCGUCAACUAAAUCUAAAAAUAAACAAAAAAUGUUGAAUCACGGCAAAGCUAAUGAGCUGGAUAAUAAAACAAUUGAAUCACACAUCAUGCACAGUAACCUGGAAAGUAAUAAAAAGUAUGCAUCUGUGAAUGAAUUUUGGAUAGAAAACAAACACAUUGGUAUUGUAUCAAAAAUACUUCUGUGUUUUGCUGUUGGACCAAACUCAAAAACAAUUUUGUCUGUGGACCGUGCUAACGAGGAUUCUAUAACAUGCGUACACGGCCUGCGCGUUUAUUCGCUUCUUUGGACAAUAAUGGUGCAUACUUAUUUACAACUUUUUGCGGUAGGCGAGAAUAGAUACGGAAGAAAAAUCACAGAGAGAUCCUUCACAUAUCAAGUGGUUGGAAACGCAACAUUUUCAGUCGACACAUUUUUCUUUAUUAGUGGAGUUCUGGUUGUAGUGUUAUUCUUCAGAACAACCAAAAAAAUAAAUGAUAAAAAUGAUGAAAGACCAUAUAUUCGCUAUCGAAAGUUAAUACAAACAAUUUCAAGAAUAUUUCUUUCAAUAUUGUACCGGUUUCUACGAUUGACACCUGCUUACCUGUUUGUUAUUAUUCUUAACGAGCUCGCAUUGAAAUGGACAUAUGGGCGUUCGGUUUUUACCCCCGGAAUCAUUGAUCAUAUAACAUGUCAUAACUAUUGGUGGCGAAACAUACUAUAUAUCAACAAUUGGUACCCAUUUAGUGAAAUGUGUAUGAUUUGGUCUUGGUAUCUAGCAAACGACAUGCAGUUUUAUAUCAUUGCUAUAAUAGCAUUAAGUUUUGCUGUAAGAUACUUCAAGACAACAGCGUUUAUAAUGCUACUGCUAAUGGCUUGCUCUUGGAUAACAUCAAUCUUCAUUUCAAUAAAAUUCAACUAUUCUUAUAAAGUAGCUGAGCCAUUCGAAUCUUUUGAUAUUCUUUACGAUAAACCAUGGCAAAGAAUUACACCUUAUUUAAUGGGUAUGGUAACUGGAUAUAUUUACUAUUUCAAGAAGACGCCUCCAAAGGUAUCGAGUAUAGUUAACAUCCUGUUAUGGGCAUGUUCACUAGCAACUAUUUUUGGGCUUGUAUUCGGCGUUUGGAAAGGCACGUUGUCAGUACCGGAAACAGCCCUUUAUGUUAGUCUUGGACAUACAGCUUGGGGUGCUGCUCUCGUUUGGAUAACAUUAUCAUGCUGCUGGGGAUAUGCAUCGAUCGUUAAUAGAAUUUUAUCUUAUCGUGGCCUUUAUCCAUUGAGUAGAUUAUCAUAUUGCGCAUAUUUACUUCAUCCAGUAAUAAUGAUGGUAACGUCGUUCCAAAUGGAAGCACCAAUGCAUUUGCAACAUGUAAUGGUUGUGACUGUUUUCUUCGGAAACGCUGUUAUUUCAUUUAUAUUGUCGUUUUUUGUAUCUAUAGUUUUUGAAGCACCUGUGAUAAAGCUUUUGAAGAUAGCAUUUAAGAAAUAAAAUAAUAAAUAAUAGAAUGUAAUAAAUGAAUGGAUAUAUUAUACGACUUAUAAGUAAAAGAAAUA